AGAUUAAGAGAAAUAAAGAUGGAAAGUGAAAUAUGAAUGUGCAGUGAGAUCGGUUUAGCCUCUUUGGAAUAAAGCGCGUGCAGCCUUUUCAGCUCCAAACACCGCCCGCAUGCAGCCUGCCGAGCAGCCCCACCCCUGCUUCUCUUCUGCCCGACUCCCUCAGGAUAUUUUUAGCGCUGAUGAUGCGCCCUGUCAAAUCACGUAACGGAAACUACCUCAGAGUCGAGAAGCCGUUGUGGAGAAAGGCUUUUGGUCCGGUUUUAUUGGUGUGAUCUACAAGGAAAGGCCGCGAACAAGAUGAUAUUUGAAAUGAAUUUGGUGUUUUUUGUAUUGGUGGUGCUUACCGGCUCAUCGCAGACAAGAGGUCAGAGCAGUGCGUUGCCUCCUGUCCUCACCCCAGCUGCCCCCCCGAGUCACGCUGGAAGCUCAGCAUCUCCUGACCAGACAGAGCAUCCUGGGAAUGAGCACUCACAGUGGACAUAUAAUCCUGCAGGCGGGGAUGUAACCCCAACCGAAACCACAACUAUUACCAAGACCGAAGUGACAGUCCAUUCAGAGACUGUGACAAAUUCUGUCGGCCUACAUCCAACACACUGGUCCACCGCUACAUCUCUACACACCAAUGUGCCUGGUUCACCAUCAGCUGCCACAGAAAGCCUUUCAUCAGUGCCGACCGCACACAGCAGCGCCUCUACGCAGCACUUCUCUACCACGGAAGGCAGAGCCGUUCUGACCUCAGAUCCCUUGAACACCUUUUCAUCUCCGCCAGCCCACACAGCGCAGGAUACAAGCGCCACAGCCCACGCCUCUACCUUGCAGCCACUGUCUGAAUCACUGACCACAGCGACCACGCAGCUCACCACCACACAGCCUCUGACCUCAGCUCCAGGCCGAGGUCCUGCUGGGCCUACACACCGAGAGGUCCCGCCUGAGCUUAAUGUUGGAGAUGAAGACCUCAAGAGGCCCCGCUCAAGCUCCCCUUUGGACCCACUGCUGGCUGGCCUGCUGUCAGUGUUCAUCGUUACCACUGCUAUUGUCUUCGUCGUCCUCUUCCUUAAAUUUCGCCAGCGGACAACUCAUCCAGAGUUCCAUCGGCUUCAGGAUCUACCCAUGGAUGAUUUGAUGGAGGACACGCCGCUCUCGAGAUACUCCUACUGAUGGAAGCAUCCUGUUCACAACACUCAGAGAACAAAAGCAAAGCAGACAACAAAGGGAGACCACAGUGGAUCUAAGAAAAAAACCUUUGCCUGGACUUAGCUACAAGUCUUUUGGGUCAGUGUUAAAAAUCAUAUUCAUCUGUAGUUCCAUAAGAAGGAGCAUUAGUCUUUUAAAUGAGAUAUGAGAUGUUCUUUUUUCCACAUUCCCUUUAAACUUCCUGAGAUCUUCAGUUUAGUGGAAACUGUUUGUUUGAGUUAGUAGAGCCUCUGCACCCCUGAGUGACUCCUCAUGUAUGCACAGCACUUUAAAUCGCUUGAAUGAUUGCAGUGCCCCCUGGGGGACGUCUGAGGUAAUGUAGAUCAAGUCCUAAAUAGACAACCUCAAGUUAUAUGGCAAGAAAAAAAAAAAGUAAUACAUAUGGGAUAUUUGCCAAAAUGAUUAAGGAAUAUAAACGAUGAUCCCUUAGGAGACCAAAUAAAAGUGAAGUGCACUUUUAAACCAAAUUGCCAGGUUGCACACGUUGUCUUAAAACUAAGGUUUUGCAAAAUAUAUUUACAUAAGUGAUUUUACAAUAAGCCAUAUCUUUGGGAAAAACAGACACGAAAUAUAUGAAGAAACUUCCAAUUUGGCGUGGAAAGCAUUUAUUUUUGCAGCCUUUUAAUGUGUUACUACACUUGUUGGGGAAUUUGUAUUGUCAUGGUCUGAAGCUGGUAUAUAUAACUUGAAUUUGGUUCGGACAAAUGUUUGGACUAAAACAGACUUAAAUUAGAAAUAAAUUGUAAAGUAAAAUAUAUACCACUAUUGUAAAACAUGUUGUUAUUAUAAGUAAUGUAUUCGUUCCUGCAGAAGGUGGUUGUUAAAAUGCUUUAAGUGGAGACUAUGAGGAACUUUCCAUGUUUAGAUUGCUGUUACCUGUAUCUGUAUUAGCCGGAGUAGCCUAUCAAAUGUGCCGGAACUAAGCUGUUGUUUCACAGUUUUUAUUACCUCGUGUGUUACUUUGCUGUUAAGUGCCAACAGUGAUGUAUUAAAAUAUGCCAUUGAAAUGUGGACUGUAAAAAUGUAUUGAUAUUAACUUUGAUAAUAAAACACAAACCGUGACAUAUGGGCAGGUUUUGCUGUGUCAUUGUAACCUGUGUUUCCAGCCAAACAGCUCUGCAGGGAUAUAAAUCCACAUGCCAAGACAAGUAGUGGACUUUGAACAACUACUAAGCUUUAUAAAACAAAAAAGCCAAUCCCUUAACACACCAAUGUUGACGGAACCCCACACUCGAUCAAUACCCAUUCAAAAAAGAAAAGCACGGGGUUAAGUAUUAACAAUGUUUAAUAUUUAUUAUCAUCAAUGUGAAAACUCAAAACCCUGUAUGCAAAACAUCUGAAAAAAAUCGAAAUAAAAAAGGAACAGCAAUA